UCUGGCAGCAGCAUGAUGUCCAGGAGCUGUGUCGGGUCAUGUUUGAUGCUCUGGAACAGAAGUGGAAGAACACAUGCCAGGCAAACUUGAUUAACCAGCUGUACCAGGGCAAGCUCAAGGAUUAUGUCAAGUGUCUCGAGUGUGGAUACGAGAGUGCUCGUAUCGAUGCAUAUCUGGACAUACCUUUGGUCAUCAGACCGUUUGGAUCUACUGAAGCAUACAGCAGUGUGAAAGAGGCGAUGGAAGCAUUUGUCCAGCCAGAGAUCCUUGAUGGGACAGACCAGUACUUUUGCGAGCGAUGUGACAAAAAGUGCAAUGCCCAUAAGGGUCUGAAGUUUGUCACAUUUCCUUACUUGCUGACGCUACAGUUGAAAAGAUUUGAUUUCGACUACUCUACCAUGCACAGAAUUAAACUCAACGACAAGAUGACUUUUCCGGAAGUACUGGAUUUGAAUAUGUUCAUAACCCUGCCUGGCCAGAACAAGAAGAGCUUGGAGGAGGAUGACGUGGAGGUGGAGAAAACGGCCAGUAUGUCUAACGGUCAGGCAGACAGCAGUGACGAAGGUGUUGAUGAAGGCAUCGAGGUAGAGAAUGGAUGUUCGGCCGGGUCCUCGAGCAGUGAUUCCUCCAGCAUCAGCAGUGAUGCUGCUGCUAACAACUCCCGCAAUUCCUACUACUCAGGUGAAAAGGGUCCCUAUGUCUAUGAGCUGUUCUCCAUCAUGAUACAUUCAGGCAGUGCUGCAGGAGGACAUUACUAUGCUUACAUCAAGUCUUUCAAAGAUUGUUCAUGGUACAGUUUCAACGACCAGCAAGUUACAAAGAUCACAUAUGACGACAUCAGGAAAACAUAUGGCGGAUCUACCUUCUCCAGGGGGUUUUACUCGUCUGCCUACACCAGCUCCACAAGUGCUUACAUGCUGAUGUACCGACAGAUUGAUAAACAGUUGAAUGCAGAUUUUAUGCACCCAGAAGAUUUCCCAGACUCGCUGAAGGCAGAGUUUCAACAUCAAAAAGACAAGGAGGACGCUGAGAGAAGGCAAAGGGAGAUUGAUAAGUCUACGUGUAAGAUCAAACUCUAUUGUUUCCAUCCCCGUGAUCAACACAAGAUGGACACACGGCUGGAGGUUCACAAGGAUAAAACUUUACAGGAAGCCACAGAAAUGGCUAGAGAGCUGUUCCACCUGCAGUCACUGGUUCCGCUAGACUGCUGCCGGCUGGUCAAGUACGACGAGUACCAGGACUCACUGGAGAAGUCAUUUGAAGGAGAGGAGAACUCAACAAUCUCUGUGUUGUUGGAUGGGGUCAAAUCCAACUAUUCCUUUGACCUGCUCCUGGAGACCAGAAAACCCAGCCAGACAUUCCAAGAGUACAAGCCCGGAGGUGUGACAGUCAAGGUGUACCUGGUGGACAUUAACACGGGCCUCAUUCAUCUCCCAGUCAACGUGAGGGCCUACCAUGUCCAGACGAUGGCCGAGUUCAAAAAUCAGCUCCAACAGGUUUUAGGUUACCCUUCGGCUAAGAUGAGAUGUAUUCUUGAAAAGUUCCCAAAUGACCUUCGACCUUUGACAGACCCACAGAAGACUCUCAAAGCUGAGGGGUUUUACAAAUCAAACAAAGUAUUUGUAGAGGCCUCAGGGGAUGAGGUGGAAAACUCCUUGCCGUACCCAGAGACACGGCUGUGCCAUUUACUUGACCAGUACCAACACACAAUCCGAGUGACCUGCUAUUUGCCAAGUCAACGAGCGGUUGAAGAGUACCAAGCUUCAUUGAAAGAAGUGCAGACCAGAUCUCCACUCACGGGAGAACAUCCCGGACCUCACCUAUACUCCAGCAGGACACUGUCUUCGCUGCCAUCUCCCCAGAUCAACGCUGGAGUCUCUGAGUUGUCACAGCUGGAUGAAGGCAUCAGUGAAAAUGACUCUGCUUUCUACAGCGGGGGAACAAACUCCAAGCACUCGCUGGCGGGCUUUGAGCAUGGGUCGAGUUUCUCUAUCAGCAGCACUGCUGUCAGCGACACUCGAGGUGUGGGAAUGUUGUCUAACCUGUCGCAUAAAGCAGGUGGUCCGGCGGCUUCGUUUGAGGAGGACCUGGAGAAUGGGCUGGACAAGAGCGACACACCAAGGCUGAUCAGCGAUUGCGAAGAGUCCCAGUCUAGUGGUAUAGGUGAGCACUCCAGGAGGGUGAGGAAUCACACCCCGUGCUCAUCCCGACCCCAUUCGUCCUCCCACGAACAUUUAACAGUGGACAUGGCACAUCUCUGUCAUAAACUGUCUUCGACUGGCUUGACCAGUUCGCGCAGUGACCCGUCCAUCUACCACACCUGUGCUGAUCAUAGUGAUGAUUCUCUUCAGUGCUUGGGUUCGGGUCCCAGCAUGGGGAGCCAGGACACUAGCACCAGUGCAGAGUUCAACUUUGGGGGGUCAGGUCCCGACCCCGACCCAAUUCUGUCUUCUCCAGAAGACGGGUACGGAUUUGAGGAUGAUAAUGAGAAUGAGAAGGAAAACGAGAUGGCACCGGUGAAUCCACGGACAUUAGGCAGUGGGCGAAGAAGUGGUAUAGUCAUUCAUGAUUUAGACUUAGCACCAAUCAACAGUCAGUUUCACACUCUCAGUUAUUCCGCUCAGUUCCCCAUUGGUAAUUUUCAACCCGAAGAAGACUGGGACAGAGAAAUUGAAAUUGAUCAGGCUCAACAGUCUAGCCAUAGUUCUUUCCCUCCUUCCUCAUCACUUCCUCAUUCCUCUUGGAGUUUUCCUCCCGACCGUGAAAACACCACGUCACAUUUGUAUUCUUCUCCUGCAUACGAGAACGCAGACAAUUUAGAGGUUGAUUUAAGUCGAGCUAAAUACCAGCCGCCUCCACCACCACCUCCUCCUCCUCCGCCACCACCACCGCCUCCCUUAAAGUUGAAUGAGCGGAGCAGCUCCAAGAAAGCUUUGGUCUCCAGCAAGCAGAACAACAACGAAGAUGAAGUGGAGGAGGAGGAGGAGGAGCAGGAGGUAAAGAGGUAUUUCCAUGCUGUGUUGAUUGAAACUUCAGAAACUGAAGAAAGAGUGUUAAAUGUAUCUGUUGAUAAACGAAUCACCCUUGGGGCUUUCAAACGACAGCUGGAACCUUACAUCGGAGUAGUGUCAAAUCUCUUCAAGGUAUACAGGGUCUACUCCAACAGUCAGGAGUUUGAGAGUGUGCGGUUGUCCGACACCCUGUCAUUCUUUGAAGAUGGAAAGUUUAAUAUAAAACUGGGCCGAGCUCUGCGAUCCGGCGAACAUCGAGUAAAGGUUUAUCAGCUCUCAGUUAACGAUGCAGAGCCGAGCAAAUUCUUGAUCGAGACCAUAUUUGCUAAAGGCAUGACGGUCUUAGAAUCCAAACAGAUGAUCUUAGAAGAGCUUAAAGAACAAAGAGGCAUUGAAAUUCCAUUGGACAGAUGCCGAUUGAGGAAGAAGUCCUGGACAAACCCCGGCACUGUGUACUUGGACAGCAAUGUGUACGACAGUGAGAUCCCCAUUUACCCCAACUGGGAGAUUUUCCUGGAAGUUUUAGAUGGGCCAGAAGAGCUGAAGGACUCCUCUCACCUAGCCAUCUAUGUUCGAUGGUGGCACCCAUCAACUCAUAAGAUUGAACCCUUCAGAGAGGUCGUCCUUCAACAUCAGUCAGUGGAAGAACUCAAGAUGAAGAUUUCUGAGCUGAGUGGGAUUCCAGCAGAGAAUGUGGAGUUUGCUAAAGGAAAGGGGACGUUCCCUUGUGAGGCAUCCAUCCUGGAGAUCCACACAGAUCUGGAGUGGAACCCGCAUGUGAGCACACUCAACAUGUGGCCCCUGUACAUCUGUGAUGAUGGCCACGUGAUCUACUUCAGGGACAGUCGUGAGGAACUGGUCGAGUUAUCCGAGGACAGGAAGAAGGAAAUACAACAGAAAGAAAACAGAAUAUCCAGACAGAACCAUAGGAUCACCUGCUCGCCGCGCAAAGAACGAGCGCUGAAAAUCUACACCGAUGAAGACAAUAGAAUUUCUCAUCCCAAAACCUCACUUGAGUUAGACUGA